UAUUGACGUCACGCCCACACACUGUUGUAAGUGACUUUCUCGCUACACACAGUCGUCUGCACGUCGUCGAAAUGGCUGCAUUUCUGCGAUCCCUCAAAUUUCCACGUUGUGUUGUCCGUUUUUCUGACCGUGAUCUGUAGACCCUUUCCUGAAAACGUUUACGGACAACAGAAGAGCUUACAGAUAAGCCAUAAUGGCUGAAAGCGUUAUCAACUCUCUUGGCAUUGUAGAAGAUCAAGAUGGAGAGAAUGGAAGUACUGAUGAUGCAAACCUCCACGUGGAGCUGAAUGUGUUCAGGGCCCAGUGGAUGUCUGAACUGAAGCCCAACUCUGCGUCCAAUGGGGGGAACCGAGGACUGUCGUCAAGAGCUGCAGACUUGAAAAGAAAACAGGAACUGGCCCGGGAGGAAAAAGCCAGAGAGUUGUUCCUUAAAGCUGUUGAGGAAGAAGAGAAUGGAGCUGUUUAUGAAGCAAUUAAGUACUAUCGCAGGGCAAUGCAGAUUGUGCCUGACAUUGAGUUCAAAAUCAACUACAGUCGUUCCCCUGAUCCAGAUGGCGGCAAUGAGAAUGACAUGGAUGGUGAAAUAGAGGAUCUAUUGGCCUACUUCCAUCAGCAGCUCACUCUGCAAGACAACUCUCUGAAGAUAUGUGUUCCUGAGGUGGAUAUAGCUCAGAUGCACAUCUCAGCCCUGCCCCCAGAGGUCUUGAUGUACAUCUUCCGUUGGGUUGUGUCCCGUGAUCUGGACCUGCGUGCCCUGGAGCAGCUCUCCUUAGUCUGUAGAGGCUUCUACAUUUGUGCUAGGGACCCAGAGAUUUGGCGUUCGGCCUGUCUGAGAGCGUGGGGCCGGAGCUGUACCAAACUGGUGCCCUUCAACUCCUGGAGGGAGAUGUUUCUUGAGAGGCCACGUGUGCGCUUUGAUGGUGUUUACAUCAGCAAGACGGCAUACAUCCGUCAGGGAGAGGAGUCCCUUGAUGGAUUCUAUAGGGCUUGGCACCAAGUGGAGUACUACAGAUAUCUGCGUUUUUUCCCUGAUGGCCAAGUCAUGAUGCUGACCACACCUGAGGACCCACUGGUGACUGUUCCCCGUCUACGUAGCAGGAACACCAGGGUGGAGUCCAUUAUGUGUGGUCAUUAUCGUCUGUCGCAGGACACAGACAAUCAAACCAAAGUCUUUGUUGUUGUCUCCAAGAGAAAAGAAGAGAAGGUGGCAGAGUACCAGAGAAUCUCUCGGUUCUGCCGGCGGAACCCAGCGGCGCCCGAGACAGAACACAGCUUUCACGUGGGACUGCAGUUGUCCUCCGGGGGGCGCCAGAGCUUCAACAAGCUGAAUUGGAUCCACCAUUCCUGCCACAUCACCUACAGAUCCACCGGCGAGACAGUUGUCACUGCCUUCGACUUGGACCAGAUGUACGCAUCCUUUUACUUUGCGCGCGUGAAGAGCUACACAGCAUUUUCUGAACGCCCAUUGUAGGGCAGCCGAGACAGAGUUUACACAUCACCUAGACUAAAUGCAUAACUCUCUUCCUGUUGGUUUGUGGCUGAAAUGUUUUUUAAUGAAUGUAUGUAUGUAUACCAAUCAACUGCAUCUGCUUCUAAUCUUAUGGUGUGAGUGGGUCACAUAGCCAUUCUGUUUUUGGCUGUCACAGAAAACAAAAAUCAUUCCUUCUUUUAAAGACUGGAGCGAUGUCCAGAAUGAUGACAUAAAAUGGCAUUAGUAGGAUGUUUUUCACCUGUUCCCAACAAUUAAUGUUUUCACAUUUUUGUUAAUUCUGUAGUAAGCUAUUUUCUCCCAUCUGGGAGAUCAACCGGAAUAAACACGUGGGAACUA